CUUUUUUGGGGCGUGGGGGGGGGGACCUGCAUUCAAUUCGUUUUUAGUCAUCUUUAAAGUAAGUAUUUGUUGCGCCGGAAAAAAACAACAAGUUGAUUUUCCACAUAUUUAAAAGAAUAGUUCUCCCAGUGUCUAUGUUAGGGCGCGUUCUCUGAACCACAGAGGACAUCUGGUGAUGUGCUGUUGGUAACGAGGUGUAAAAGACAAAAUGGUGAAUGGAAGAGGACGAAAACGAUGCAAAAAGAAUCUCAUCAUUAUCAGAGGUUUGCCCGGAGUUGGAAAGAAGCCCUAUGCAAGAAAGCUCCUUGAUAAAUUUGGAUGUGGACAGAUGUUCUCCGCCUCCUACUACCAUGCUAAGUUCAACUGGAACAGACAAUACUUCUCACGUAACCAUAUGUGGAAUAGACGAGAUGUCUUUAGAGCCAUGGAGGAAGGUGUGGAUCCGAUCAUCGUUUACAACAUCCACUCUUUUCUUUCUGACAUGUGGCCCUAUAUCACCAUGGGGAUGCGUCAGGGUGACUAUCAAAUCACUAUGAUGGAGCUGCCUCAAGGUUAUCCUAACAACCCUUUCCCCAUCAACCAGCUGUACAGAAUCUGUCAUUGUAAGAUCCCCAAGGUGAAGUUCAGGUUCUGGGAGGAUAACUGGCAAGAAGCUGCCGACAUCUGGGAUGUCCUUAACGACAGCUCCUCCAUAUACCGCUGGCAGUAUAGCAGAGAGGAAUGGAACCUCUAUUGAAGACACACACACACACAGAACCUCCAUUUUUUCAAAACUACACUGUUUUUUAAAAGAGUAUUAUUUACCUAGCAACCCCUAGAACCCAACAACAACGACUCGUACCUUACUGUUGUAUUUGUCUUCUCUUGCACUGAUGCCUGUUUUUGGUUGUGUCUGAGGCGUUUUGGUUUUUCAUACCGUUGAGCCUGCUGCUCUUGAUCGUUGUCUUGACGCCACUCGCGUUUGAAGUUCAGAACGAGAAACUGUAGGCUUAUAUAGAAAUAAUUGUCCUCGGAUUGAAAAUAAUCAGGAUUAGGGUUUUGAAUAUUUAUCAUCCUAAUCGAGGUGUAGAUUACAUCUCACAUUUUCCAGUGUUCAAACAUGUCAACAAGGCUGUGAUUUUCUCUCAAUGUGACUCUGUGCAGCCAAUGGCAAUGUCCACUUCAGUUAUAAUCUCGGGAGCCACUUGCGGAUUUGACAGCUCUAACACAGUUUCAAUUUUUUUUUUUUAAUCUGAUUUGAAUAGUCCUAAUUCGCUCUGGAUAAGAGCAUCUGCUAAAUGUCAAAUGUAUAUGUUUAUAUAGCCUGGUCCCAGAUCUGUUGCGGUCUCGCCAACUGCUAUUGGUCAUUGGUGUGACCACAGGACCAUAGGAGUUGGCAAGAGCAUAGACUGCUCUGGGAUCAGGCUACAGUAGCCUACGCAUAAAUUGCAAGGACUCACACUUCUGAAAGGUUUUCGUGUUGUAUGGUGCUUGAAACAACAGUUGUGGGUUUGAUUCCAACAUGGGCCACGUAUAGUUUUACUGUGUGUAUUGCUUGAGAUAUGAUUAUUUUCUUAAUGACGCUGACAGUAUUACAUAAACGGUACUGUGCUGUAGGCUACUAGAUUCAAGCAGACGUGAUGGAAGUACCGAACUACGAGGACAACGUUUUCCGUACUACGCUACCUACAGAUCUGCAGAAUGAGUCCUAGUAGUCUAAAGUUAGUUCCUUCGUUUCUGACCGCUUUUUAUAACAAUAAUGUUUAAAGCUUUUGCCCCCCCUGCUUUUCUACAAAUUCAUGUUGUGUUUUUUGCCUUCAAUAUGCUUUGUUGCCAGCAAUAAAUAAUUUUAAAUAA